UAAGUUCGAUUUAUUUUCCAGACUGAUAAUUCGUGAUAAGAGUUCGCUUCUUUGCUACUCUUUUAUUGCCAAAAUUCGAACAAUAGACUCCAAACUCGAUCCUGAUAGGUGAAGUGGAUUGGCGCAUUAAUCAACGAAAAGUGUAAAUAAAGCUAUAUUCAUAUAUAUACCCGGAAAGCCGCAUAGCAUAGUGAGUGGCUGCCUUUUCCACGCCAUAUAAACCAUUGCAAGUGCCCGCCAAGAGGAAGGAACAUGUCGGCGCUGCUGAAAAUGAACAGAGUUCAAAGGCUCUUCACGCCCGCACUGGUGCGCAGCGUGUCAGAGGCCGCCAAGUAUCCGAGGAUUACCACACACUACACCCUGAAUCCCCGCGAGAAGGAUGGACGGUGGAAGGAGGUCGACAUGGAGCGCUGCAUCGAGGAGGUGGACAUUGUCAUUGUUGGCGGCGGACCGGCGGGCAUGUCGGCAGCCAUUCGGGCCAAGCAGCUGGCUGCUGAGAAGGAUCAGGAAAUUCGCGUUUGCGUUGUGGAGAAGGCAGCGGAGGUGGGUGGACACAUACUCUCUGGAGCUGUUGUGGAUCCCAUCUCGCUGAACGAACUAAUACCCGACUGGCAGGAGCAGGGCGCCCCGCUCAACACGCCCGUGAGCAAGGACACCUUCUCCUUCCUCACCUCCUCGGGUCGCAUCUCCAUACCCAUCUUCAAGGGCUGGCCCAUGGACAACCACGGCAACUAUGUCGUGCGCCUCGGCCACCUUGUCAAAUGGCUUGGUGAUCAGGCCGAGGCCAUGGGUGUGGAGAUCUAUCCCGGCUGUGCCGCGUCCGAGGUGCUCUUCCACGAGGACGGCAGCGUCAAGGGAAUUGCCACCAACGAUGUGGGCAUCGCCAAGAGUGGAGCGCCGAAGGACACCUUUGCCCGCGGUAUGGAGCUGCAUGCGAAGACCACCAUCUUCGCCGAGGGCUGCCGCGGCCACCUCACCAAGCAGGUCAUGCAAAAGUUUGACUUGAACGAGGGCAGCGAGCCACAGGCCUAUGGAAUCGGUCUGAAAGAGGUCUGGGAGAUCGCCCCCGAGAAGCAUCAGCCCGGUUUGGUGGAGCACACCAUUGGCUGGCCCUUGGAUCGAUUCACCUAUGGAGGAUCUUUCUUGUAUCACCUGAACGAGCCCACACCCACGAUAGCUGUGGGCUUUGUGGUCGGCCUGAACUACAAGAAUCCCUAUCUGAGUCCGUUCCAGGAGUUCCAGCGGUUCAAGACGCAUGCCAAGGUACGCGACAUAUUCGAGGGUGCCACCCGUAUUGCUUACGGAGCGCGUGCCAUCAACGAGGGAGGCUACCAGAGCUUACCCCAGAAGCUAUCCUUCCCCGGCGGCUGCCUGGUGGGCUGCAGUGCUGGUUUCCUGAAUGUGCCCCGCAUCAAGGGCUCCCACUAUGCCAUGAAGAGUGGCAUGCUGGCGGCGGAGAGCGCCUUGGAGGCUAUUAAUGCCGACUCGCAGUCCACAGCUGGCGUGGAGCCCACCACCUACGCAGAUAAAAUCAAGGAUUCAUUUGUGUGGAAGGAUUUGUACAAAGUGCGUAAUGUGCAUCCCUCGUUCCACAAUCCGUUGGGCCUGUACGGCGGACUCGUGUUGAGUGGCUUCUCCAUUUUUAUGGGCGGCCGCGAGCCCUGGACCCUGAAGCACGGACCCCAGGAUCAUGAAUCGCUGCAGUUGGCGAGUGCCAGUGAACCCAUUGUUUACCCCAAGCCCGACGGCAAGGUCUCCUUCGACCUGCUCUCAUCGGUUGCCCUGACCGGCACCAAUCACGAGGGCGACCAGCCAGCACAUCUCACCCUAAAGGAUGACCGCAUUCCCGUCGAUCACAACCUGGCACUGUACGAGGGUCCCGAGCAGCGCUUCUGCCCCGCCGGCGUGUACGAGUACGUGCCCAACGAGGAGGGCGGCAACAUGAAGCUGCAGAUAAACGCUCAGAACUGCAUCCACUGCAAAACCUGUGAUAUCAAGGAUCCCAAACAGAACAUCAACUGGGUGGUGCCCGAGGGUGGCGGCGGCCCCGCCUACAAUGGCAUGUGAAUGUCAAUCAUCGAUACUGAUUGAGAUUGAGAUUGGAAACCGGUUUCCUGUACCGCAAUUGCAUUUGAUUAGUUUUAUAAAAUUGAAAAUUCGAGAACACUAUUUGGAAUUUAAGCUGAAAAGUUGCAAUAAAUUGUAAAUUGUAGAUAAAAGUGGAGAGUCA